AACCAUGCUGGGAGCACACAGAAGGAUUGGAAAUGUAUGGAGCAGGAGAAGCCAAACACGCAUACUAAAACUAUUUGGCCAGGAGAGACUCAAAGGAGAGACACAGCUCUGUUGGGAGUGGAGUACAUGGGUGUUUGAGGAAAUGAAAAGAGUACUAACUGCAACCUGGGAGUUGGCAUAUGACUAAGAUGGUGUCCAUACAGUAGGGCAAGAUCAAAUACCAGUCAGAACACAAGCAAAUGCUUGUUUAGAAUCUGGGUUCUUUCCUUAUAAAAUAAAGAAGAAAAAUGCCUUCCCUGGGUGGGAAAGUGCAGACCGUGUUGGGCCUUGUGGAGCCAAGUCAGCUUGGCUGCACCAUGACCCAUGAACACUUGUCAAUGAACUACAGCUGCUGUUAUGUCCCGCCUUCUUCAGGCCAAGAAGCUUUGUCUGAUGGGCCCAUUGAGAUGAAGAACUUGUUUUGGAUUAAACAGAAUCCCUACAGCCAUAAAGAGAACCUUCUUCUGUAUCAGGAAACAGAUGCUGUAAAGGAAGAGCUAUUACAUUAUAAGGCAGCAGGUGGUGGGACUAUAGUGGAAAACACAACCAUGGGUAUCAGCCGAGAUGUAAAGACUUUAAAGAAGCUUGCUGAGGAAACCGGGGUCCACAUUAUUGCCGGUGCUGGGUUUUAUGUGCAUGCCACUCAUUCUUCCGAGACACAAGCUAUGUCAGUGGAGCAACUUACAGACAUUAUCGUCAACGAGAUCCUCAGAGGAGCUGAUGGAACAGACAUCAAGUGUGGUGUUGUAGGAGAAAUUGGCUGCUCAUGGCCUCUGACUGAGAGUGAAAACAAAGUACUGCAGGCAACAGCGCAUGCUCAGUCGCAGCUGGGCUGCCCCAUUAUAAUCCAUCCUGGCAGGAAUAGCGAUGCCCCUUUCCAGAGUAUUCGCAUUCUGCAGGAGGCUGGAGCUGAUAUCUCAAAAACAGUCAUGUCUCACCUUGACAGGACUAUAUUUGAUGAGAAGAAACUGCUGGAGUUCGCUAAACUUGGAUGCUACUUAGAGUAUGACCUCUUUGGUACAGAGUUGCUUCAUUACCACUUCCAUCCCGAUAUUGAUAUGCCAAGUGACAACGAAAGAAUUGCAAGGAUUCGGAUGUUGAUUGACGAAGGCUAUGAAGACAGAAUUGUAAUUGCUCAUGAUGUGCACACUAAGAAUCGAUUGAUGAAAUAUGGAGGUCAUGGAUAUUCACAUAUCCUCAAAAACAUUGUUCCUAAAAUGCUAAUAAGAGGCAUAUCCCAAAAUAUAAUUGAUAAGAUAUUGAUUGAGAACCCAAAACAGUGGCUGACUUUUAAAUAGAGCUCAUGAUUAGCCAUUCACGUCUUGUAUGUAAAGCUUGCUGAUAAAAGUCAGAUUUGUCUCAAUAGAGUGGUCAUUUUAAAGCUAGGUUCUUUUGAGGAAAACUUGUGUGAUGUUCAUAAGACCCCCAAAGAGCAGAUAAUCACUUCCCUUUAUAAUUAGAACAAAAAAUUUUGUGUAUUAUCUCUCCAUCUGAUUACCUCUAAUAAUCUGGUCCUGAAUGAGUUAUUUGUUUUGAGCACAACUGCAGAAUUUUCCCAAGUAAAUUUUGAAAUAACUGUUUCCAAAGAGCAGAUUUAAUACUAUAGUUAAUUAUUAUUCAGGAUUAUUAUUGUUUUAAAGAUGCAUCAGCUUAGCUACUUGAGGAAAUUUAAAAUGUUUCCAGUUAAAUGGCCCUCCUCUGGAGCGAUUUGAUGUUCCUUGUAAUAUUGAUGAUCCUGUUAAUUAUCCUGCUGUUUUUUAAUUAAUGCUUAAAAAAGAAUAUGGCACUUUUAAAUAGCUACUGCAGAAAACAGAAUAACAGAAGGAAGACAACGUGAUUUCAAAAAAGCUACUGUAUCUCUCAUGAUUAGCAACUUGUAGAGAUUAUUUUUAAAUGAAAAUGUAAAAGAAUACAUGGAAAAGAUAUUUUUAAUAAAGCAAUUUGUAGACCACUAA